UCUGUACAUUGAACCUCACAUCCAUGUUCAUCACUGCCAUAAAAGUGACUUGUGGACAGUUUGCCAUUGUAAAGGAAUGCAGAGAAAAAAGUACAGAACAGGAAUUUGCUGCCAAGUUCAUCAAGAAGCGUCAAAGUAUUGCCAGUUCUCGGGGAGUACGGCUGGAAGAGAUACAACGCGAGGUGCAGAUUCUACAGAAGAUUCACCACGAAAACAUUGUUAAACUACACGAUGUCUAUGAGAACCGCACUGAUGUGGUUCUCAUCUUGGAAUUGGUCUCUGGGGGUGAGCUGUUUGACUUCUUGGCCCAGAAAGAGUCUCUAAGCGAGGACGAGGCAACCCAAUUCAUCAAGCAAAUCCUUGAAGGGGUGAACUACCUUCACUCCAAAAAAAUAGCCCACUUUGAUCUCAAGCCUGAAAAUAUUAUGCUGCUGGAUAAGAAUGUACCAUUGCCAAGGAUUAAACUCAUUGAUUUUGGUCUCGCUCACAAAAUUGAAGCAGGAGUUGAGUUCAAAAACAUCUUUGGAACACCUGAGUUUGUUGCACCUGAGAUUGUCAACUAUGAGCCAUUGGGUUUGGAAGCUGACAUGUGGAGUAUUGGAGUUAUAACUUACAUCCUGCAAGUGAAUCGUGAUAUACAUUGUAAUUCAUCUCACAUUGUUUGCUUUACACAUAAAAUCAAACUGAAAGUGUCUUUAUAUUCAUAUUCCAGAUUAAGUGGUGCUUCACCUUUCCUUGGAGAGACUAAGCAGGAGACGCUGAAGAAUAUUUCAACCAUAAAUUAUGAGUUUGAUGAGGAGUUCUUCUGCAACACCAGUGACCUAGCAAAGAAUUUCAUCAGUCACUUGCUUGAGAGGGACAAAAAGAAAAGACUGACAAUUAAAGAUGCUCUUAAUCACCCAUGGAUCAAGUUUAAUGAGCAUAAAGAGGAAAAUAAAGGCCAAGAGCUUCACAAACGAGAGAGGCGCCAACUUAAGACCAAGCAUCUGAGGGAGUACACUAUUAAGUCUCACUCAAGCAUGCCACCUAACAAUACUUAUGUAAACUUUGAGCGCUUUGCUGAAGUGGUCGAGGACAUUGAUCAAAUGGAACGGUCAUUCUUGAGCUUGGCAGAAUCUCAUGAUUCUUUGCAAGAGGAUAUUGGUGCCAUGGUCUCGAUAUACAUUGAGAAAGAGGCCUGGUAUAAGGAAGAGAGUGAGGGAGUGCGGCAUGACCUCUCGCAAAUCCGUUACGAGUUCCGUAAAGUGGAGUCUUCGAAGAGACGCCUACAGGAAGAAAUGCAGUCUUUUAGCUCCACCCUGAGUGGCAUCAGCAGCCGCUACCAGGAAAGACAGAACAACUUUGACACACUCACCCAAGAACUCAGUAAUGAGCUUAAAUGGGUGCAGGAGGUGAUGGGUUCAUUUCCCACCGAUUGCAGUUACCCCAAUAGUAACAUCACCACUCACUUCAACAAUGAAGUAAAUGAAGCCCUGAAAGAGUUGCAGAACCGCUCAUGUGGAGGAGGGCUGCAGUCUGGGAUCGACCUGGACUUAACCGAUGCUGAGGAACAUGGAUAGAUCAUCAUUUGUUUGAGUUAACAUUUUUCUGUAUGAAUGUAUAAUCGUAAAGCUAUGGUAUAAUGGUUGCACUGGCAAAAGAUAAUGAGUGCUUCCAUAGAAAAGAACUCUAGGAGACCAUCCAAAUUACUAUUUUUCAGUAUCUAAUUGCCAUUACAUUUUGCAAUAAAUUUAAGUGGUUUUUGUAGUUUAAACUAGUUUUUUUUCCACGUAUUUCUUGGAAGUCUUAAAAUCUGCCAUAAAAGGAAUAUACAAUCAUGAGAAGCAUUCAUACUGACAGUGGUGAUCGUGUGUAUACCUGAAUAAUGUGCAAAAACUGUCAAACUAAGACAAAAAAGAAAAUGUGAAGGGAAGAAUCUACUACAGUACAUAAUGACCAGCCACAUCAUUGUGACUCACUCCACAAAUCAAUGACAUCAAAUCCACAAGCUAUAUCAAAUAUCCUGCCUUUUUUAUUGACACAAUUAGAGAAGUAUUAUUUCUGUCUUUAUUGUUUUCUUUUGUGACCUCCUGAAUGAGUCGUUGUCACAAUCCUGGAGUAAUUUUACUUGGUUGUCCAUUCCUGGGAAGGUUUGCCACUGUUCCUGGUUUUCCCCAUAUGUGGAUAAUUGCUCUGGCAGUAGUUUGUUGGAGCACCAAAGCCUUGGAAAUGGCUUUGUCACCUUUUCCAGACUAAUGGAUUUCAAUCGCUUUUUUCUCAUUUCUUCUUUAAUUUUUUUUUACAACGUGGCAUGAUACAUUGGUUCUUGAAAUCUUGUAGCCUACGUCAUGUUUUUUUCUAAUAGAUUCUAUUUAAGUGAUCACUUGAUGGGCAACACGGUGGAGCAGUUGCAGAGCAUUAGCCUCAAAGUUAUAAGGACAAUGGUCCUCCUGUGUCGAGUUUGCAAGUUCUCCCCGUCAUGCAUGGGUUUUCUCCGGACUCUGCGGUUUCAUCCCCCAUCCUUAAAACAUGCAUUAAUUGGAGACUCUGAAGUGCCGCUCUGUGUGAAUUUGAGUGGAACAGUUGUCUGUCUCCUUGUGCAAUGUGAUUAGCUGGCAACCAGUUCAGGGUGUGCCCUGCCACCUGCCCGAUGACAAAUGGGAUAGGAUCCAGCACUCCUGCAACCCUCGUGAGGAUAAGUAGCUCAGAAAAUGGAUGGAUGGAUGAUUUCUUGAUUUAACAAGAUGGAUGGAUAAUUUAUUGACUUAACAAGGAUGAUGAUAAUGAGGUUUGGGUGUGACUUGUGAAAGAGAACUCACCUUUCCCAAAUUAGUGGUUAGUAACAGUGACUUUGUGAUUUAACGUGGGGCUGGGGGACUCUCUUUUUCACAGACGGUCAGGAAGGUUUGGAUAUUUUUUUGUACCCUAAUAAAUUUGUCAUUUGAAAACUGCUAUUUGUAUUUUCUUGGAUUAAACCUUUGUGUGUGAUAGAUGUGGAAAAAAAAACUCAGGAAGGGGCCAAAUACCUUUUUAUAGCACUGUACACACUGUAUCCACAGUAAUCAACUGUAAUCAAUGAUUACUGAACGUAUUUAACAUACUCUCACUAUAAUAGAUUGAGUGAGUCAGUCCACAUUCUGGAUACCAGCUCUUCCAACUCCUUCCCUCCACUAGGCGCUACCAAAAAAUGUAAACUAAAACUAGCAGAUAUUUCAACAGCUUCUUCCCUCUUGCAAUUAACAUUUUAACCAGUUAAGUUAAUUAUCUACUUAUGUUGUUUAUUUAUUUGUUUUUCCAUUCAUUGAUGUAUUUCUUAUUUUAUUAUCAUUCCAAUCAAUCAUUGUACAAAUGGAAAAAAACAUUUUUACCUUCUUUGCUAAUUUAUUAGUAAGGUUCCCCCAAAUUUUUUAUGUCUGCGCAAACACACAAAGCUCUGAGCGCUCCCUUUGACCACUGUGAGCAAAAUCAGAUGUGUGCACUGUAGUCAGGUCUGUCAUGAUCCUGCCGGUCCUAGCCCUGCAGACGGUCUGGCUUUGCCACAUCGUUGCCAUUGAUGCCUCAUUCCCGCACUUCCUCGACUCUGAUCUCGACUCCCAACGUAACGACCCCUGCCUGUCUCCCGAUCUACCCCGUAAGCCUAACGUCUUUAUCACUGCUGCUCUCGUGGACUGCCUGCCUGGUUACUGACUCUGGACUGAAUAAAGAUGUUUCCUGGAUUGCUUCCACGUUUCCCGAGUCGCGCAUUUGGGUCCAACUUCGUGUUCUGUUUAUGACAGAACCAUCUGGCCAAGACAUGGACACAGCCAACUCAGCUGAGAUCCAUCGCCCCCUACAAAUCCAGGACAGACAACUGGCCGAACAGGAGGCUGCUCUCCAGGUAAUGAAUCAGAGACUACUCAAAAUAUGCACUUGUUUGGAAUCGUGGUUCAUGUCCAGGACCAGCGCUGUCAACGUCAGUCCGACAACACCCACCGCCACUCCAACUCCAGGCCCAUCUGCGCCCGCCUUCCCACUGGUCACAGAUGUCCGGCGGUCAGUGUGCACGCCCCUCUCUCGGCCUGAGCGGUUCUCCGGAAACACUGGUAAUGUUAAGCAUUAAUGUGUAGUACCUACAAGGCCGCGGUAGAUCGCAAGAGGAGGAGGGCACCGACAUACAGGGUAGAACAACGCAUCAGGUUGUCCACAAGGAUCGUUGCACUUCGGACGUAGUCCCGCAAGCUAAUUCCCAGGCUCGUGGGUCAGUUCCCCACCACCAAAGUAAUUAAUCCGCUCGCUGUCUCGCUGAAGCUCCACAAGUCUAUGAGCGUCCAUCCCACGUUGCACAUGAGCUUGCUCCGGCCAUCUCGCCCGCCCGUCUCCGUUAGUCCCUCUGGCCAAGCCCCCCGCAUGGUUGAUGGAGGCUCGGUGCAUCGGCUCCUGUCGUUCCGCCGUAGAGGGAGGUGGACUGGGAGGGAUACGGCCCGAAAGAGCGUUCCUGGAUCCCAUCCCGGUUCGUGGUAGAUCCCAAGCUCAUUAGGGACUUCCACACAUCCCACCCUGGGGCGCCUGGGCCAUCUGGGGCCGGCCGUUAAAGGGGGUGGGGUGGGGGGGCUGUCAUGAUCCUGCCAGUCCUUGCCCUGGCUGUGCAAGUCCCCGACACACCUGCAGUCAUCAAAAGGCGGACACAGUAAUUACCUGCAGUAUUAAUAGCACCCAGCGGACGGUGUGGCUUUGCCAGAUCGUUGCCAUAGAUGUCUUGUUCCCGCACUUCGACUCCCGGUGUACCUGCCCCUGCCUGUCUCCCAAUCUACCCCGUAAGCCUGACAUCUUUAUCACUGCUGCUCUUAUGGAGUGCCUGCCUGGUGACCGACUCCGGACUGAAUAACAAUAUUUCCUGAACUGCCUCCACGUUUCCAGAGUCGUGCAUUUGGGUCCAACUCCGCGUUCUGCUUAUGACAAGGGAAGUGUCAUCCAUUGAAUUUACAUGGCUCGUUAAAAGAUUCAUCCAUGCAUUUUCUGAACCACUUAUCCCCACGAGUGUCGCGGAGUGCUGGUACCUAUCCCAGCUGUUAUCUGGUAGGAGGGCACAUGGAGAGAGACAACAGUCACACUCACCAUCACACCCAGGGGCAAUUUAGAGUCUCCAUUUAAUGCAUGUUUUUGGAUUGUGGGAGGAAACUGGAGUGCCCGGAGAAAACCUAAGCAGGCACGGGGAGAACAUGCAAACUCCACAUAGACGGGACUGGGAUUUUAACCGUAGUCUUCAGAACUGUGAGGCCAACGCUCUAUAAUUGCACCAUCGUUCUACCUUAAAAGAUUCAGAUGACAGCAUUUACAUUCCCAUCAGAACACUUUUAAGAACAAUUUUCUUUUUGCAAAUUUAUCAUGAAUAGGUCAACAAACUUAUGUUCUUUUAACUACACAAAAAAUAUAUUGCUCACCAAACCAAGCCAACUAUAUACUAUAGAUUUGAUAGGCCGCUUCCAACUUUAUCAUUCAUUUUUUUAAAUUCACAAUGAUAUGAUCUGUUUUUGUUUGUAAAACUGUUAUUGCUUGCACAAUAUCUUUUGAAAUGCAUGCCGAAAGCUGAAUGAUGCUCCUAAACAUUUUUAAGGUUGCUAUUUUGCGCCCUAUAUUUAAAAUACAGAAUUAGCUUUUUGUGCAGUGUAUUUUCUGUGCUUUCAUAGAUGUGCCAAGGUGUAAUUUUAACAUGACACACCAUCUCAUCCUGCACUUUAUAUAUCAAAUGUCCUGCCUGCUUUAUUGACACUAUCACAACAGUAUUAUUGUAUAGUCUUUGUGUUCUCUCUCUAACCAAAAAAGAUUUUUCAAACAACCCUUUUGCCAUUGCCAUGAGAUAUAAAUACAUUUGUGUAACUGCAGUUCACGAAAACAAAC